CUGAGGAGGGUGGAAGAGCAAAAAGGGGAUGGCUCACCCAGGACAAAGCAGAUGUGUCCAGCUGUUGCCCAGAGGUUCUUACUUCUGCAGAGGCAGGCUUUGGGGGUGAAUGGAGGAGAAUUUAAGCUUGCCAUCCUCCACCCUUCCUUAAGCUGGGGUGGAAAGUGCUAAGCCAACAGCUGGGAGAGUCGUGCUGGAUACCCAGCUCAUCUUCCUGGAUCUGCUGCUGGGAGAGAGGUGGAGAACCUUGAAGGAACUGGAAGUGUUUUGCUUCUCCUGAGAUAUCUCCCAUGCAGGGACCUGGCUCCCUCCAGGAUCCUAAAAUUUCAAGGCUUCAGAAUUAAAAGAGAAGAUAGCCAGGCUGUUAGAGCCAAUGCAAACUCUCCCUCAUAUGUGCCUGUAUAUCUAUCUGUCCAUGGGUCCAGUGGAAAGACUUGUUGGCUUGUUCUUCUCUGGCUUGUGGGACAGCACUUCAAAUCUGGCAAUGGAUCAGGACUGAAAAGCAUUUUUGCUCCCACCAAUGUUUCUUAGGGCUGCUAAAACAGGACCAAUGAAGAUGUUCACCAGACUCCAAGUCCUUGCUUUAGCUUUAUUUUCCAAAGGAGUUUUCCUUUCCCUAAGCGACCACAGCUUUGCAAGGAAGGAAAUUAAGAUAGAAGGAGACCUGGUCUUAGGUGGCUUAUUCCCAAUAAAUGAAAAAGGUACUGGGAUAGAGGAAUGUGGGAGAAUCAAUGAAGACCGAGGCAUCCAGCGCUUGGAGGCCAUGUUGUUUGCCAUUGAUGAAAUCAACAGAGACAACUACUUGCUGCCAGGAAUUAAGCUUGGAGUUCACAUCUUGGACACAUGUUCCAGGGAUACAUAUGCCUUAGAACAGUCUUUGGAGUUCGUCAGGGCAUCUUUGACUAAAGUGGAUGAAACAGAGUAUAUGUGCCCUGAUGGCUCAUAUGCCAUCCAAGAGAAUUUGCCAUUACUCAUUGCAGGAGUCAUAGGUGGUUCCUAUAGCAGUGUCUCCAUACAGGUGGCAAAUUUGCUCAGACUCUUCCAGAUCCCCCAGAUCAGCUAUGCCUCUACCAGUGCCAAGCUGAGCGACAAAUCCCGGUACGACUACUUCGCAAGGACGGUGCCCCCAGACUUCUACCAAGCAAAAGCCAUGGCUGAAAUCCUACGGUACUUCAACUGGACUUACGUGUCGACGGUUGCUUCUGAAGGAGACUAUGGGGAGACGGGGAUCGAAGCCUUCGAGCAGGAAGCUCGUCUCCGCAACAUCUGCAUCGCCACCUCUGAGAAAGUGGGCCGGUCCAACAUCAGGAAGUCCUACGACGGGGUUAUCAGAGAGCUGCUCCAGAAACCCAAUGCCAGGGUGGUGGUGCUCUUCAUGCGAGGUGAUGACUCUCGGGAGCUCAUUGCAGCUGCCAACCGCUUCAACGUCUCCUUCACCUGGAUUGCCAGCGAUGGAUGGGGAGCACAGGAGAGCAUUGUCAAGGGCAAUGAGCACAUAGCCUCUGGGGCAAUAACCUUGGAACUUGCAUCCCAUCCAGUUAAGGAGUUUGACAGGUAUUUCCAAAGCCUCAGCCCUUACAAUAACAGACGCAACCCAUGGUUCCAGGACUUCUGGGAGCAAAAAUUCCAGUGUAACCUCCAGAACCGAAAACCACACAAAAAGGCUUGUGAAAAGCACUUCACCAUCAACAGUUCCAACUAUGAGCAAGAAUCCAAGAUCAUGUUUGUUGUGAAUGCUGUGUAUGCAAUGGCCCAUGCCUUGCAUAAAAUGCAGCGGACUCUGUGUCCAAACACCACCAAACUCUGUGAUGCCAUGAAGCAUCUGGAUGGCAGGAAGCUGUACAAAGAUUAUCUCCUGAAAGUAAACUUUACAGCUCCAUUCAACCCUCCCAGUGCUGCAGACAGUAUGGUCAAAUUUGAUGCCUACGGAGAUGGGAUAGGGCGAUACAACGUGUUCAAUUUCCAGUACACCGGAGGCAGAUACUCCUAUGUGAAGGUUGGUCAGUGGGCAGAAACCUUGUCACUUGAGGUAGACUCUAUCCACUGGUCCAGGAGCUCUGUUCCCAUCUCCCAGUGCAGCGACCCCUGUGCUCCUAAUGAGAUGAAGAAUAUGCAACCAGGAGAUGUCUGCUGUUGGAUUUGUAUUCCCUGUGAAACCUAUGAGUACCUUGCUGAUGAAUUUACCUGCGCAGACUGUGGGCCUGGAAAAUGGCCCACGGCUGACCUGACUGGCUGUUACGACCUACCAGAAGACUACAUCAAAUGGGAAGACGCUUGGGCAAUAGGUCCUGUUACCAUUGCAUGCCUGGGCUUUAUUUGUACUUUUAUGGUCAUUGGAGUGUUCAUCAAGCACAACAAUACCCCCCUGGUCAAAGCCUCUGGCCGUGAACUGUGCUACAUAUUGCUCUUUGGGGUCUUCCUGUCUUACAGCAUGACUUUCUUCUUCAUAGCCAAGCCUUCUCCAGCUAUCUGCACCCUCCGUCGUUUGGGACUAGGAAGUUCCUUUGCUGUCUGCUACUCUGCCCUUCUGACAAAAACAAACUGCAUAGCCAGAAUAUUUGAUGGUGUCAAGAACGGUGCUCAAAGGCCUAAAUUCAUCAGCCCCAGCUCUCAGGUGUUCAUCUGCCUGAGUCUCAUUUUGGUACAGAUUGUGGUGGUGUCCGUGUGGCUUAUCUUGGAGGCCCCUGGCACCAGGAGGUACACUCUUCCUGAGAAGAGAGAGACUGUCAUAUUGAAAUGCAAUGUCAAAGAUUCCAGUAUGUUAAUCUCCUUAACAUAUGAUGUAAUCCUCGUAGUCUUAUGCACUGUCUAUGCCUUCAAAACAAGGAAAUGUCCAGAGAACUUCAACGAAGCCAAGUUUAUCGGUUUCACAAUGUACACAACGUGCAUCAUUUGGCUGGCCUUUCUCCCCAUAUUUUAUGUGACAUCCAGUGACUACAGAGUGCAAACCACCACCAUGUGCAUCUCAGUGAGUCUGAGCGGCUUCGUUGUGCUGGGCUGCUUGUUCGCACCCAAGGUGCACAUCAUCCUCUUCCAGCCCCAGAAGAAUGUGGUCACUCACAGACUCCAUCUCAACAGGUUCAGUGUCAGUGGGACCGGGACCACUUACUCCCAGUCAUCUGCUAGUAUGUACGUACCAACCGUCUGCAAUGGAAGGGAAGUCCUGGACUCCACCACUUCAUCUCUGUGAUUGUGACUUGCAGUUCAGUUCUUGAGUUUUUAGACUGUUAGGCAAAAUUUUGCACAUGUUGUGCACUCCAGAAAAACACCAGAAAAAAAAAGAAAUCAAAACAAAACUAGUACCUUUUUUUAGAAACAGUGUAAUAAAUUAUUUUUGAGGAUUGUACAGUAUAUAGUGAUGUUCUGGAACUUUUUAGACUGAUUUUAGCCCUUCUGUUGUUAAUGGUCAUAAGGGACAUGUAAAUAACCAUGGUUCACAAUGUGCAUAGUCCUGCAGUAAGGGAGUGAUUUGUUUCAAGCACAGUUGCAAUGUUAGGUGACUUCUUUCCUACAGAAUUUUUUUGUAGCUCCUUGUUGUAAUUAACUUAGACUGCAUUUCUAUGUUGUAUAUUAAAGUUACCUUACGUGUAACAUUGGUUUUCUCAGCACAAAAUAGCAGUAUUAAUGUAAAGGUACCAAUAAUAAAAAGAUAAAAGUUUUUCAGCA